GAGAGAGAGAGAGAGAGAAAGAGAGAGGGAGCGUUUGCAGGCAAUGUAAUUGACAAGGCUUGCAGUGGUGAAAUAAACACGCUUCAGCCCAGGCGCAGCUUUUUAUUGCACAAUUCUGCCUCUUUUUUUUUUUUUGACGCAUCGCCCCGUAGCGCGCGUUAUUCCAGAGCUGGUUUUUUUAAUUACCUUUCACCCGAUUAAUUAAAAUCCGUGUGAAAUUAUGUCCCGAUCGGCGCAGAUCCAGCCGGCAAGAUGAUGAUUUUAGCACGGAGAGCCUCAGAUCGUGCACCCGAUACGGCGGCGGCGCUCCUGGUGAUCUUGGUGGUUGCCGCUUGUCUCGGUACCGCUCUCGCCAAGGAUACCGCCUUUGUGGAAGUGGUUCUGUUCGAGUCCAGUCCCAAUGGAGAUUAUACUACUUACACGACUGGCUUGCAAGGACGGUUCUCCAAGGCUGGAGCCACUAUCAGCGCGGAGGGGGAGAUCGUUCAAAUGCAUCCUUUGGGACUAUGUAAUAAUAACGAUGAGGAGGACCUUUAUGAGUACGGCUGGGUCGGAGUGGUGAAGCUGGAGCAACCAGAGCUGGACCCCAGUUGUCUCACCGUGCUGGGAAAGGCAAAGAGAGCAGUGCAGCGGGGAGCCACGGCCGUCAUCUUUGAUGUGUCGGAGAAUCCGGAUGCCAUCGACCAGCUCAACCAGGUGGCUGAGGAUCCUCUGAAGCGUCCGGUGGUUUACGUGAAGGGCAACGACGCCGUCAAGUUGAUGAACAUCGUCAACAAGCAGAAAGUGGCUCGCGCUCGGAUACAACACAGACCACCGAGGCAGCCCACGGAAUAUUUCGACAUGGGGAUCUUCCUGGCCUUCUUCGUGGUCGUGUCGCUCGUCUGCCUCAUUCUGCUCAUCAAGAUCAAACUCAAGCAGAGGAGAAGCCAGAGCUCCAUGAACAGAAUGGCCAUCCAGGCCUUGGAAAAGAUGGAGACGAGGAAGUUCAAGGCCAAAGGGAAAGGCCAGCGUGAGAGCAGCUGUGGAGCGUCUGAUUCACUGAGCAGCAGCUCCACCUCUGACUGCGCCAUCUGUCUGGAGAAGUACAUCGACGGGGAGGAGCUGCGAGUUAUCCCGUGUGCUCACAGAUUUCAUAAGAAGUGUGUGGACCCCUGGCUGCUGCAGCAUCACACCUGUCCUCACUGUAGACACAACAUCAUCGAACAAAAGAAGGGGAAUCCAGGACCAGCGUGCAUGGACCCUGGUAACCCGGUGCACGGCCGGCAGCGGGUGGUGCUGCCGGUGCAUUACCCGGGCCGGGUGCACCGGGCCGGCCAGGUGACCGCCUACCCCACCAGGACCAGCAUGGACCCCCACGGGAACCCCAUCACCGUGCUCACUGUGGACCAGCACCCAGAUCCUCAGGGUCUGUACCCGCCCCAAUCCACGUCCGCCUUCCUCCGGAGCUACCACCCCACCCUCCACCUGGACCACUCCCUCAACCCCCACCACUGCGGCCUGGAGCACCGCGGCCCCCCCGCCUACCCCGCACAGCCGCACCACGCUGCUUUUAAGCGACCCAAGUUCCACGGACGCAACUUCUCGCGGGCAGCCUGCUUCUCCCAGUACGAGACAAUGUACCAGCACUACUACUUUCAGGGGCUGACUUUUCCUCAGCAGCCGGAGGGGGGCCAGGGGCCCGCCAUGGCGGGGCAGCUUGGUGGAGGGGGCGGGGCCCACAAGGCCCACCACAGCAGGGCCUUUCAGCAGGGGCUGCUGUACCCCACCGUGGUCCACAUGGCGCCGGCCUCGUCGUCGAGGAUCGGCGACAGCGGCAGCACGUCCGGGCUGAGCUGUUACCACGGCCACCGCUCGGUGUGCAGCGGUUACCUGGCCGACUGCCCCGGCAGCGACAGCAGCAGCAGCAGCUCGGGGCAGUGCCACUGCUCCUCCAGCGACUCCAUGUUGGACUGCACCGAGGUCAGCAACCAGGGCGUCUACGGCAGCUGCUCCACCUUCCGCAGCUCGCUGAGCAGCGACUACGACCCUUACGUCUACCGGAGUAAGAGUCCAUGUCGGGGCUCCGUGGGGGAGGCGGGGGCCGCGGCGUGCACCGCGGCUCCCGCCGAGGACUCGUCGUCCCCCGUCCCCCUGGGACACGACUGCCUCCAGCUCCCUCCCGGAGCGUCGGGGUAUAACUCGGGGGACCACCUCUCCAACUGCAGCUUGGAGCCCAACUACAGCAGUCGCUCAUCACUGGAACCCAGGGAGAACAGCAACACUAGCACUACCUCAGCCGGGGCCCCUGAGGCCCCCGGAGCAGACAGGGGGAAGGGGCCGCAGGAGGAGUCGGGGGAGCUCGGGGCGGCGGCUUGUAGCUGCUGCUUCGAGGUGCUUCCUCCUAACGUGGAGUGCAAAGGGGACACGGACCAAGCUGGGCCUCUGGCCGCAGGACGCUUUCACAGGGGGGGGGACUUUCAGAGCUCCUCCAAGAACUACUUUGCCCCCGAGCACAUGUGCCCUCCGUCGGAGCAGGUGAGCUACGAAGGGCUGCCCUGCUGCUUCUACAAAGAGAUGAAGGUGCACAGGGCGUCGACGGGGCGCUACGCCGAGGACUACGCUGUUAACGUGCAGUACGCGGACUCGGAGGCCUGCUCGGGGCAGGGCUGCUGCGAACUCAACCAGAGGAUACCCAUAAUUCCUGAGGACACAGAUUGUGAACUGGGCACAGGGGCAGAGACCCAGAGCAGCUUACUGCCCGUCAGUGUCACGGUGGAGGCAGAGGUGCGGACAGGGGAGCGACACGAGCCCAGGGAGGGCUACUUCACCUCGGGACAGUUUCGAGGUCAGCCGUACCCUCAGGAGGACGAGAGCCGGGCCUUGUUCCACCCGUCUCAGCUCUCUGCUGCACUGGGGAGCAGUUCCUCGACGAAUGAGGGAGGUCUGGGUGUAUGAACUAUGAGCCCAGAGAGAAGGGACUCACUAUGUGUUUGGUACCGAAUCAGUCAGUCAAUCAUUAAAAAAACCCUCAGCUGCCUUGUUCUAACCUUGCUCUCCGAGCGCUGAAUGUUAUCAUCUUCGAUUGUGUGGAUUUCUACUGAAAUGGCCUGUCGUUUCUAGACAGUGUAUCAAGUUCAUUCCUGUGGCCACAAACGUCUCAGCACCAAGCUACGAUAUCACGGCACUGAGACAAAGUGAUACUACAACACGGAUGGAGGUUGUUAACUGAAACUAGAAGGUUCUAGGUUGGACUAGUCCGCCGCCAUCAAGGCUUAGAAAGUCAUCCGGGCCCAUUUCUUGUGAGAUUUUUUGAAGAUAUCUAGGCUCCAUUUUUUUUUUUUUUUUUUUUUUGUGCAAGAUCUAGGGGGGAAAAGUACACUCUUAAUUCACAAACAUCUACAUGUAUAUGUGUGCACAUGAACACUGACUGCCUAUAAAGCUUCAACCACCAACUCAAAUAGGUUGUACGGACAUAGCUAUACCAAAACAGAAAGACAUGAUUGUUUUUGUUUUUUUUUCUUUUACUUUUUGUCAAAAGCAGGGAAAUGGGUCUUUUUUUUUUUAAGUGUCUGUGACCCACACAUUUCUCUGAGGAGAAGAAGCUAUACAUAUAUAUAUAUAUAUAAAUAUAUAUUACAGAAAAAAAUGCAUAGAAAUGUGAAUGCAAGGCUGACACUGGUCUCUAUUCAAUAUAAUACAGAAUUUGUUUUAUGCAUUGCAUUUCUGUCCAGUAGUGGCCUACCUGUAUGAGAUGUGCCAGAGCAACAUGAAAGCCUUACGCUGGGAAGCUGUUUGUAGCAAUAUCGAAAAAAAGACACUGCACCGCUUUUAGUCGAACUCCAGUUUAAAGUGACAGUGUCUCGGGGUCAGUAGAUUUCUGCAGAAGAAGAGUGCAGCAUUCUGUCUUCUGUCUGGAAGCCCUUAAAAGGUGUUUUUUUUUGCUGUCACUUACCCGAUUUCCUCAAAGAGGCAUGCUCUAAUAAAUAUCUAGAAACAAGGUUCUAGCAUGUAUCAAAAGGCCAAAGGAAAGUAGCUGGAAAAGACUCAUAUUUCAUAAGGGUUCCUUAUUGUACUGUGACUUUUUUUUUUUUUUUUUUUUUUUUAAACGAUGCAGUUAUACAUACCACAGUGUAUCCGUUUGAAUCAUAUCAUGCCAUGCAUAAUACAUACUCGAUGCUUGUCAUUCAUGCCUUUCUGUUUGUCCUGCAGACUGUUUUUUUAUACUGUUUCUAUGAAAUAUACACAUUCUCUACACAGAGGAAAACUUUCUGAAAUAACCCUAUUUAUAAGUUAACCCAGUGCUGUAAUCAAGUGAGAAUCUAAUCUUGCCUUUUGCAUAGAGAUAUGUACCUACUGCAAAUAUAACAUUUUGGGGUACUUGAGUCACUAUUUAAUUUUUUUUUUGUUAUUGUUUCUAGCACUUAAGAAGAUUAAAAUGUGUACAAAAAUUAAUAUUUUUUAAUUUUUUAAGAAUAUAAUUAUUUUCUGUCAUUACCAUUACAAAUGUUUUUUGUUUGUUUUUUUCUUUUUUUUAAAAAAGGCUAGAAAUCAAUCCGUGUAUAUUUCUGUACCUGUAUAGCAAACACAUUUCAUAAAUGGAAAUAUGUUCUCUGAAUAUUUAUUUACUAAUAUAUUUAUCUUUAAGCCAUGUCUUAUGUUCAGAGUGUAUGAACGUUUGAGUUAUUUGGUUGCUUUUUAUUUUGAGAAAAAUCACUAACAUGAGACUUUGUAUAUACAUGGUAAUUGCACACAAGACGAUUAAAUCUUCUCUGACCAAAAAACUGAUUUUAAAAACUUUAGUACCAUACAGUUUUGUAAUUAAAGUGUACAAAGAUCUGUAAAAUAUACAGUUUUAUUCAAGUAA